AUGGCAGCAGCCUAUCGUGUAGUUGUGAGCAGUAUAAGCUGCUAUAACAGUGUAGUGGUGGACCGGCGCACCCACUCCCACGCUGUGCACUACUGCUCAGGGCCAUGUGGGGCACUCUCCCAAGGCCUCGACUGUACAGUUGCACAUCGCGGCACUUGCUCUGAGCUUCUCGUUGCACCUGACCCUGUGUAUAAUGACUUCAACAACUCACCCCUACACUCCCGUAACAUGAUCAGUCAGCAAUCUCCUCAACAUGGUAAGCUUAGCGUUUCCAUGGAUACUCUUCAUAAUGGUGGUCUUGAAAGGGCAGGCAGCAGUAGCAAUUUGUCUCUGGGGGAGGACAGCCCCACAUGGCGUGGUAAAAAGUGCCCCAUUGCUGGAGGAUCAACUGGGAAUUUGAGCUCCUCUGGCAGCCUGAAGGACAUUACGGAAGAGGCUAUCAACCUGGCCAGUGGUAAGCUCAAAGAAUUUUCAUUUGACAAGCUCCGCAUCUCCUCCUCAAGUCAUGUCACUCUCCGUAAAGGCCGCAAGGUUCGCCCUGACUCUUUCAGCCGCCGUUCCACUGACCUCGAGAUCAUCUAUGGUCAUUUCGGCUCUAACAUCUCGGCUAACCCAACAACUAAUGGCAUGACAAAUGGCUUGCCUGCUUCGAAUGAUGAGAACUUGCCACCAUUUGUGUUAGGUAAGGGAACAGGAAUGGAGGAGGCAAAGGUAAAGGCCAGCUCAGGCACUUUGUCAGUUGUCACCAAAGCAGGUGGUGGAUCAACAAGCACUCUCACAAGUAUUGGGUCACUGGACCAGAGUCUGAACACAGUGGCCUCUCUGUACCGCAGCACUCUGGGAGAGGAGAACCUGAUCGCCCGUUUGCUGGAGAAGACGCGUGCGGAGGCAGGUGGAGCAGGGGGGGAGGACAUUCGUGCCUGUCUUGACAUCCUUCUUAAAUGUUCAGAAGACCUUAAGAAAUGCACUGAUAUUAUAAAACAGUGUAUUAGACGUAAAGCUGGUGGAGGAGCUGAGGAUGGAGAGGCAAGUCCCGACAGUCUCUAUCGAGCCGUCAUGACCCGACUCAGCUCCUACCUGAAGAGGCUUCCUCUGGAGUUGGAAGGUAUUGGCAGUUUGGGAAGCAGCGGACAGGGUGGAAGCGGACACAGCGACUUGGCUGAACUGGUGAACACUCUUCACUCCAUCCAACAGGGACCUUUCUCUCCAAUAUUUGGCAAUGAGCAACCUCCUCGUUAUGAAGAUGUGGUGCAGUCACCUCCAAUCCCUAAGACUGUUCCACACUCUGCACCUUCAUCUUUGAAAUCAGAAUCCCUCCAUAUGAAGCCGGCCCAAACUUCAGCCCAGCCAAAAACUACCACACUUACCAAUGGACUUUUGCACACACACACUCUAGCUCCACCAUCAAUCUCAUGCUCUCAAUCUAGUUCCUCUCCAACUCACUCUCUGUCCCCUCUUUGUAGCUCCCCAACUCCACCUUGCUCACACACUCCACCAGCAUCCCCCAUGGAAGCUCUUUACAUUGAGGAGGAAGAGGCAGAUAUUGGAAAGAUCGCAGAUCAAAUCUCACAACAGACACACACUCCAACUAGAGGACUGAACAAUAUCCAUAACAAAAAUGGCACUGUGUUGGGCCAACACUUGUCCCAUCCUCACACAAUCCAUAACUCUUCAAAUAAUUUGCCGGCCAGCUCUGGUUACAUCCCACCUUGGCAUACAUCUCCCUCCCUAACAGUCUCAAGACCCAAAUCUACUUCACACAGGAAUGAUGACAUUGACAAGCUACUGAUAGAUUUGGAAAAUCUCUCUCAGAGUAUGAGUCAUCCCAGAGGCACAGAGCCUCCGCUUCCUGCUAAAACCAGAAAAAAGGAGGGAGGUCAGGGAAUUAACUCCAAUGAGUCUAUUGUUCAACACAAAAUGUCCCAGUUCCAAGUCCAAAAACCAGCCAGCCACUUAACUAUGAAUGGUCUCAGUCCUGUGACAUCCCAGAGUUCCACAACUCCCCAUAGAACGGGCACUGAAGCUGUGGCUGGAGAGGAAGAGGAAGAUGGGGCUCUUUUGUUGAGAAUUCUUGAAAGCAUUGAGAGUUUUGCCCAAGAGCUGGUGGAUUCUGGAGCAGGGAGUACAGGGAGUGCUGAGAGAAAAUGUGGGAAAGAGCGGGAAGUAAUGAGACUCCUGCAGGAUACACUGGCCACCACUGACAGGUGUGACACUCCUGUGGAUAGCUCAAAUCCACUAGCUGCUUCCAUUGCUACAUCCAUCGACACAAUUGGAGUCCCAGAAAUUCCGUCCAAAAGCACCCAGGCAAAUACAGCUGCAGUGUCCCCUUCACCAACACCCAUACCUGCAGUAUCUGAAGCUGAGUGUGUUGCUGCACUUGAAUCUGCACCUGAACCUACAAUUGAUGCUGCACCCAAACCAUUGCCUACAACAACCUUGAGGGUAGAUACAGUUACAGAAUCCUCUACCAGUGAAGUUCAGUCAACAUACACCCCUGAAUCCAGAGAAGCUACAAACUUGCAUUCUUCCCCCCAUGAUGAUGACCUGACACACUCGUCCUCACCUGAGCCUCCAACUGGAGAAACCACCAGAGAUGCUGCCAUAGCUGUCGGUGAACCUGUCGGUGAACCUAUCACAUUGAGAGACCCAGGCUCGACCCUUCUCAUCCAGCAGACUCCAGAGGUGAUCAGAAGUCCAGUAGUUCCAAAGAAUCCAGAAUCCAGAAUCCAGAAGGCCGCACAGGGAGCUGAGAGGAGUUACCCAAAAACUCAAGGGCUAGUGGCCGUGUCUGGUCGGGUGUUGCAAUACUCGGCCCACAACAUGAUGAUCAAGGAGACAUCGUUGCGGCGGGACCCUGACUUGAGGGGGGAGCUGGCCUUUCUGGCCAGGGGGUGUGACUUUGUACUCCCCUCACGCUUUAAGAAAAGGCUCAAGUCUUUCCAGCAGCAGCAGGUCCAGUCCAAACCAGAGAAGAAACCAGGAACACCUCCGCCAGUACCUGCCUCAGCCCCCGUUCCACCAGCCCCUGCACCACGCUCACCCAGUCCUCCCCCAGCUCCGGUGGUAGUCGCACCUCCUCCCCCAGCCGUUAACAUUCCCAAGUUCUACUAUCCCCGUGGGCUCCCUGCCCUGGGCCCUGCUGCCAACCAUGAUGCAGCCAUCACUGCCAUCGAGACUUCCUUCACCGACUUUGAGGAGGAAAAGGCUGACAUAUAUGAAAUGGGAAAGAUUGCAAAGGUAUGUGGGUGUCCCCUUUACUGGAAGGCCCCCAUGUUCUACGGAGCAGGCGGUGAGAGGACGGGUUUUGUGUCAGUUCACUCAUUCAUCGCAACGUGGAGGAAGUUGUUGCACAGUUGCCAUGAUGAUUCUUCAAGGUUUAUUUCCUUGCUAGCUAAACCUGGCUGUAACUACUUGGAGCAGGAGGACUUUAUUCCUCUACUACAGGAUAUUGUGGACACACAUCCUGGGCUCACAUUUUUAAAGGAUGCACCUGAAUUCCACUCACGCUACAUAACAACGGUGAUCCAGCGGAUAUUCUAUGUGGUGAACCGCUCAUGGACGGGCCGCAUCACCAUGAUGGAAAUGCGCAGAAGUAACUUCCUACAAACUCUUGCCCUGCUAGAAGAAGAGGACGACAUUAACCAGAUCACUGACUACUUCUCUUACGAACACUUCUAUGUCAUCUAUUGUAAAUUUUGGGAGCUGGACACCGACCAUGACCUUUACAUUGACCCCAAAGACCUGGCAAGAUACAAUGACCACGCAUCUUCCAGCAGAAUCAUUGAGAGAUUGUUCUCGGGGGCCGUUACUCGGGGCAACGCUGUGCAGAGAGAGGGCAGGAUGAGCUACGCUGAGUUUGUUUGGUUUCUCAUAUCUGAGGAAGACAAAAAAAAUCUGACCAGUAUAGAGUACUGGUUCCGCUGCAUGGAUGUGGAUGGGGAUGGUGUCCUGUCCAUGUUUGAGUUGGAGUAUUUCUAUGAGGAACAGUGUGAGAGGAUGGAAAGAAUGGGCAUCGAACCUCUGCCCUUCCAGGAUUUGCUCUGCCAGAUGCUCGACCUGGUCAAACCCGAGAAUUCAGGUAAGAUAACCCUGGGCGAUUUGAAGCGCUGCAGAAUGGCUAACAUAUUCUUUGACACCUUCUUCAACUUGGAGAAGUACCUGGACCAUGAACAAAGAGAUCCAUUUGCUGUGCAAAAGGAUAUUGACAGUGAAGGUCCUGAGCCAUCUGACUGGGAUAAAUAUGCCGCAGAGGAGUAUGAGAUACUGGUAGCAGAAGAGACAGCAAAUGAACAGCUACAUGAGGGGUCAUUUGAUGAUGACUAUGAAUCUGAGGACCUUCAAGUCCCUGGAGAGAUUGGGAAUAAAAUGGAAAAACUGGUUAUCUCCGACCUAUCGGCAUAA